UUAUAAAAUAGAAAUGAAGAAAGUGCUAGUAUGGAUUCGUAAUUCGGUUAAGGAAACUGAUAUGUUUCCCCAGCCUAUCAGUCUGACUUUUAAAGGCAAACAGAACUUCAAGUCUUUGUAUGGAGGCAUUGUUAGUACUCUGAUCAUUAUGGCUCUGGUGGCGUACGGAAUCCAGAUAUUUGUCAAGAUGGUGAAGCGGGAAGAUACAAACAAGUCAAAGAAUAGUAUUGUAAACGACCCUCUGACGAUAGAAGAGUAUUAUGACUUGACACAGGAUGAUUUUUCCUUUGCAGUUUCCUUAAUUGACCAACAGACUUCGCUCUCUUUUAUAGAUCCUACAUACUUCAAUGUUUCUAUUACUCAGAUUGAAGUGGGAUACAAUUUCCAAGAAAAUAAAGCAGAUUUCAAUGAAUAUUCAAAAGAUUCUUCCAUCUGUGGAGAGAACUACCCAAAGAUCAACAAAGAUGUGGAUGUCUUCAGGGAUAUUUAUAAGAACAGCAGUUAUUGUCCUGCCAACUCAACUCUGACUGUUGGAGGAAGUGUCCUUAAGAAUCAAAGGAAAUCAAUUAAGAUUUAUGUUAAAGAAUGUGUUAAUGGCACUUCUAUUGUCUGUCAAAGCAAUGCAGAUAUCAAAAAUAAAGCUAAAUAACAUCCAGGUAUUCCUCAAUCUGGGCACUAAGUAUUUUGACUUUGAUGACUAUGAGAACCCCAUUAAAGGAACUCUCGAUAACAGAAUUUUCUAUGAACUUGUUCCGAGCGUCAAAAAGUUGAUCAGUAUUUAUAUCAGGAGAAGUAUUGUUUCACUUUCAGAUUCGAUCUUUCCGUUUGGGCAAGACAAUGAAAAGUCUUUUUACUCCAUGGGACAGUCUAGCUUUGAUUGGAAAUAUCCUGAUAAUUCAACUGAUCCGUCUCUUUUAGUGAUUGAGUUUCAGAUAGAUCCCAUAGUAGAUUCUUUCGAGAGGCGAGUAUAUACCUUCUUGGAUCUGUCAGGUCAGCUUGGAGGAUUCUUUGAAAUCCUUUUACUCAUUGGAGGAAUUCUGGUUAAUUAUUUUGCAAACAAGUUAUACGAAUAUUAUAUGUUCCAAAACCUUUAUUCAACUGAAGCUUCCACAAUUAACAAAAAGUUUGAUAAUAAAGUUUCUCCAAAGAAGGAAUCUGAAAGUGAAGGUAGCAAUAAAGAUUCUACUUUCAAAGUGAACAACGAAUCUCGGUCUGAACAUCAAGAACUAUCAGACGAAUUAAAGGAAAAUAAUCAAAAAGAACUUAGCCUAAUUGAGAAAAUAAAAUUAAAAAUAUUCAAAAAGAAAAGAAAUCUCAAACCAAAGGAUCUCACAAAAUCAUGUCUACCUUUCAUUAAAAAUAACUCAAGUCGUCAAUUCGCUCUCCUCAGUGACAGAUUCUCCGAUGAGUGCGACCUGCCCUCAAUUCUGUGUUCGAUCCGCCAGCUCAAGACUCUGAUGCGAAUGAUCCUCAAAGAUCACCAACUGAUGUUGAUGGGCUUCGACGCCAGCAGCGAUGUCAACUUCCAGUCUGAGCCUCAGGUGAUGAGUCCAGCUGAGUAUCCGAGCAAAACUGAAGAACCAUCGAAAGAAUUUGACCGAAGAGUGCAAGAGCUGAUUAGCAAUCUGGAGACAGUGGAGGAACAUGAACUGGAACAGGAUGCGAACAUAAUAAUUUUUGGAGUCAAAGCUAGCGAGGAAGAAAGCAUUAAGCACCCUGAAUCCAUAGCAAAAGAGAGCGUUGCUUCCAAAAUAGGUCUGCUCGAAGAAGAGAAGGAAGAUGUUGGCUGGGGAAAAGACCCACCUCCCAAAAAUAAUGAACCUUAAGAAAAAAUAUAAUAUUGGCACCAUUUCAGUUUUGAAA